AGUCCAAACUCCUCUGUGACUCUCAGGGAUUAAGAGCGGUGACCAAAUCCCAGCUCUGUGAGCAGCUUCACUGUCUUCCUGACGGAUUUUCAUCUGAAACAUAGUCUGAUAUUUUUCCCAUCAUGCCUCUGACCAGGUCUCUGUCCAUGAGCUCAUUGAGUGGCCUUCCUCUGUGGGAGGAAGAGGAGUUACCUGUGGAGGAUCUGCUGCUGUUUGAGAUAGCGUGGGAAAUCACCAACAAAGUGGGGGGAAUUUACACCGUCAUCCAGACCAAAGCUAAGAUCACAGUGGAUGAGUGGGGUGAGAACUUCUUCAUGAUCGGCCCUUAUUACGAACACAACUUCAAGACACAGGUGGAGAAGUGUGAACCUACUAACCCUGCCGUGAAAGCAGCCAUGGAGGCCAUCAGCAACAACGGCUGCCAGGUGCACUUUGGUCGGUGGCUUAUAGAAGGCAGUCCAUACGUGAUCCUGUUUGACAUCGGAGCCGCUGCCUGGAACCUGGACCGCUGGAAGGGAGACCUAUGGAACACUUGUAGCAUCGGGCUGCCUUAUCACGACCGAGAGGCCAACGACUCGCUCAUCUUCGGCUCGCUCGUCGCCUGGUUCUUUAAAGAGUUAACAGAUCGUCUUCAGGACAAACUCAAAGUAAUGGCUCAUUUUCACGAGUGGCAGUCAGGAGCAGGUCUGGUGCUCAGUCGCUCCCGUAAUAUCCCCCUGGCCACCAUGUUUACUACACACGCUACACUUCUGGGCCGCUAUCUGUGUGCUGGGAAUGUGGACUUCUACAACAACCUGAAUAAGUUUGAUAUAGACCGGGAAGCAGGAGAGAGACAGAUCUACCACCGCUACUGUCUGGAGAGAGCUGCAGUACACUGCUCGCACGUUUUCACCACCGUCUCUAACAUCACAGCCGUGGAGGCCGACCACAUGCUGCACAGGAAACCCGAUGUGGUCACACCGAACGGUCUAAAUGUGAAGAAGUUUUCGGCUAUGCACGAGUUUCAGAACCUGCACUCGCUGAACAAACUGAAGAUCCAGGAGUUUGUGAGAGGACACUUCUACGGUCAUCUGGACUUCAAUCUGGAGAAAACGCUGUACUUCUUCAUCGCAGGCCGGUACGAGUUUUCCAACAAAGGAGCCGAUCUCUUCCUGGAAGCUCUGUCCAGGCUAAAUUACCUGCUUCGGGUCCAUAAGAGCGACGUGACGGUGGUGGUUUUCUUCAUCAUGCCGGCGAAGACCAAUAACUUCAACGUGGAGAGUCUGAAAGGGCAAGCCGUGCGAAAGCAGCUGUGGGACACUGCGCAGUCGGUGAAGGAGAAGUUUGGCAAGCGCUUGUAUGAGGCGUUGUUAAGUGGUGAGAUCCCAGACAUGAGCAAAAUCUUAGACAAAGACGACUUCACAAUAAUGAAGAGGGCCAUUUACGCAACGCAGAGACACACUCUUCCUCCGGUGACCACUCACAACAUGCUGGACGACUCCACGGACCCCAUCCUGAGCAACAUCCGCCGCAUCGGCCUCUUCAACAGCCGCAGCGACCGAGUGAAGAUUGUUUUCCACCCCGAGUUUCUGUCCUCCACCAGCCCACUGCUGCCCAUGGACUACGAGGAGUUCGUCCGCGGCUGUCACCUUGGAGUGUUUCCUUCUUAUUAUGAACCCUGGGGAUACACACCAGGCGAGUGCACGGUGAUGGGAAUCCCGAGCGUCACCACUAACCUCUCUGGGUUUGGCUGCUUCAUGGAGGAGCACAUAUCAGACCCCACUGCUUACGGGAUUUAUAUCGUGGACCGGCGUUUCCGCUCAGCAGACGAGUCGUGUCAUCAGCUCACUCAGUUCAUGUUUACCUUCUGUCAGCAAUCACGACGUCAGCGUAUCAUCCAGCGUAACCGCACUGAGCGUCUGUCUGACCUGCUGGACUGGAGAUACCUCGGCCGGUUCUACAUGCACGCUAGACACCUGGCCCUCAGCAGAGCUUUUCCUGAACAGUAUAAAAUGGACACACUCGCACCUCCACUGACUCAAGGAUUCCGUUACCCCCGCCCCCCCUCGGUCCCACCCUCCCCAUCUGCCUCCCUCCACUCCACCCCACAUCACAGUGACGCCGAGGACGAAGAUGAUGAUGAGGACGAGCCCUAUGAUGAGGAAGAGGAGGCUGAGAGGGACAGAGUGAACAUCAAGUCCCCCUUCACGCUAGGAGCCGUACCCAAGGGUAAGAAGAAGCAACCGGGAGAGUACGGGAAUUAGUGAGGCCACGCCCACAGCACACACAAACUCCUCCCACUUCUACACACUGCCCUUGUUGGGAGACAUUUUGGUUCAUUAGAAUUAUGAAGCAUGUAAUUAAAGAAGUCACAUUUCUGUAUGGGGGAAAAAAUAAAACAGUGUGUUGAGUGCAAAA